AUGCUCAAGCGCAUCUGCAUGAUCCCGGCGUGCCGCAAUGAUACGGACCACGAGCCCCUCUUCCGCCAAGAGUCUUACUUCCACUGGGCGUUCGGAUGCGCUGAGGCCGGCACUGCUGGCGCCAUUGACAUUGACACCAAGAAGAGCAUUCUUUUCAUCCCACGUCUCCCUGAGGCCUACGCCGUGUGGAUGGGCAAGAUUGAGCCGCCAAGCACGUUUGCCAAGAAGUACGGUGUGGACGAGGCGUACUACGUCGAUGAGAUCCCAAAGGUCAUGCAAGACAACUACGCCUCCAAGACCGUGCACGUCCUCUACGGCAAGAACACGGACAGCGGCGCUUACUCGAAGCCGGCGUCGUUUGAGGGCAUGGACAAGUUCACGGUUGACAAGGACACGCUGCACCCUGUGAUUGCGGACCUGCGUGUGUUCAAGACCAAGGAGGAGCUUGAUGUCCUUCGCUUCGUCAACCAGAUGACCUCUGAGGGCCACGUCGAAGCCAUGCGCCAGAUCAAGCCCGGCAUGUACGAGUAUCAACUCGAGGCCAUUUUCAAGUUCCACGUGUACAUGCAUGGUGGCUGCCGCCGCACUGCGUACACGCCCAUCUGUGCCAGCGGGCCCAACGCUGCUGUCCUGCACUACGGCCACGCCGGCGCCCCCAACGACCGUGAGAUCAAGGAUGGCGACAUCAUGCUGCUUGACAUGGGUGGCGAGUACCACUGCUAUGCUGGUGACAUCACCACCUCCUACCCGGCAAACGGAAAGUUCACCGAGGAACAGAAGAUUGUCUACCAGGGUGUCCUCAACGCCAUGACGAGCGUGGAGCAGGCCAUGAAGCCUGGUGUCGUGUGGACGGACAUGCAGAUUCUCGCGUCCCGCCGCAUCCUCGAGGCCCUCAUUGAGCUGGGCGUGCUGCACGGCGACAUUGAGGAGAUGAUGAAGGUGUACCUUGGCGGGUACUUCAUGCCGCACGGCCUCGGUCACUUCAUGGGCAUCGACACCCACGACGUUGGCGGCUACCUCCCAGGGUACCCUGAGCGCAUUGACAAGCCUGGCCUCCGCAGUGUUCGUACAGCCCGCGAACUGAAGGAGAACAUGGUGCUGACAGUUGAGCCCGGCAUGUACUUCAUUGAUUCCGAGAUGGACAAGAUCAUCGCCGACCCGACACUCAGCAAGUUUGUCAACGUCGAGCGCCUCAACCAGUUCCGCGGAUGGGGUGGUGUUCGCCUUGAGGACAACGUCAUCGUCACCGCCACGGGCAUCGACAACAUGUCCUCCGUCCCACGCACCAUCGAGGAGCUUGAGAGCGUGAUGGCUGGUGGUGCAUGGCCUCCUGCACGCGACGCCAAGCCUGAGCUCUGCCGCAACUUCGACAUGUGGGGCGCCGCCACCAAGCAGUAAUCGCUGACGUGUCCAAGCACCUCGUCACACACACAGACACACACACACUCUCAUGCACACCGUUUGCGAAGGCUGUUUUGUUUCCCUCGCGUGAUGUCGAGUGUUGCUGUUUCACCCCCGCUCGUUGUGUGACACUUUUGUCGUGUUCCCCACGACGCUUCUCUGUUUCGUGACAGCUGCACCUGUCGGUGACCAGCACACAAGUGAUCUGCGUUGACUUGUUGUCUGCAACCGUUCUCGCCCUCCAAUAAACAAACAAAUACUGUG